CAGAGCUGCUGUGUGUGUCUCACGGUGACUUGCAGAGUGUUAGUGAUCACACACACUGCCCUCAAUCCACCCUCCCAUCCACUCCUCUCUAUCCACCCUCCCAUCCACUCCUCUCUAUCCACCCUCCCAUACACUCCUCUCUAUGGUGUUAUUGCUGAAUCAUGGUGAGCAAGGGGAGAGUUUAAGAAGACUGGAGAGGCUGUGCAGUGUCAUCAUCCCCAGCACCGUCCCAGAACACACACAGGCAGGAAUCGGAAUAUCCUGCCCCGUAGUUCAUGCUUAUAAGAACAGUCAUCGCUUUGCUUUUGUGGAGGCUUUUUGGAAGCCGUGCACUGAAUUCUCAAGCUGAAACUGUUGACACGUGUUACAGACCUCAAUACUCCAACCGGGAUCCCAACGUGUGUAUGCUCUCUCAAGUCGGAAGGAUGACCUGUAGAAACGUGGUGAAGACAGUCCUGAGUGUGGAGCAGUCAGAGGGAGUUGGUGCCCGAGUACGGAGGAGCAUUGGUAGACCUGAGCUUAAAAAAUUGGACCCAUUUCUGUUGUUUGAUGAAUUUAAAGGUGGCCAACCCGGGGGCUUCCCAGAUCACCCUCACAGAGGAUUUGAGACGGUAUCUUAUCUGCUUGAUGGGGGCUCAAUGGAACAUGAAGAUUUUUGUGGACAUGUUGGCAGACUGGACCCAGGAGACUUGCAGUGGAUGACAGCAGGGCGUGGUAUUGUCCAUGCUGAGAUGCCUUCUACAAAAGAGCCAGCACAUGGCUUGCAACUGUGGGUCAAUCUGAGAAGCUCAGAGAAGAUGAUCCCUCCUGAAUAUCAAGAACUGAAAAGUAGGGACAUUCCCAAGCCAUCUAAAGAUGGAGUAACUGUUACUGUCAUCUCUGGAGAGUCAAUGGGAGUUAAGUCAAAGGUUUACACACGAACACCCACCCUGUACCUGGAUUUUAAAAUAGAAAAAGGAGGAAAGCAUAUUCAGAAGGUGCUUAAAGGGUGGACUGCAUUCUUUUACACGUUGAGUGGUAUAAUAAGCGUGGGGCCAGAAGAUGCUCAGAAGAAGGUUGAAGCUCACCAUACAGCAGUCUUGGAUGAUGGGGACCAUGUCAUCUUUGAGAACAAGGAUGAUGGACUGGCCCACUUUGUUUUGAUUGCCGGAGAGCCCAUUAAUGAGCCAGUUGUGCAGCAUGGUCCGUUUGUGAUGAACACACAAGAGGAAAUUUCACAGACAAUUGAAGAUUACAGAUUUUGCAAAAAUGGAUUUGAAAAUGCUAAAACAUGGAAAUCAAAGAUCGGGAACCGAUAAAAUGGGCAGAUCCUAUCAGUCUAAACAAGUAAUCAGGCUGAUUGGGAAUUAUUGCUAAUAAUAGCUUAGUUUGUAUGUAUGGUUUUGAAUGUGUACAGUACUAGCACAUAUCCAGGGGUUAUGGAAAAAAGAAGAUCAUUCCCAAGUCUUUUUGUAAUUGGUCAUAAAGAGGUUCUCUGGCAGCAAGUUCAACGAUUUAUAGCCCUCAGCUCAUUAACUUUCAAAGAACGGAUGUCAAUCCAAAGUCUAAGCUCGGCUUUGAAAGCUGCAGUGAUAAAACAGACUGGCUGCAGCUGAUUAAUAGCCACAUGGAUUAUAAUUGUUAGGGAUGAGCGUUUCGGCUCCUGUCAGUGUCAGAUAUUGUAUGACCCUUUUAGAUUUGUCCAUAAACAUGUAUAGUAAAAUCUGAUAAAUAUCUGACCACUCAAUACUCGAGAUAAGAUGCCAGAUCUUAUUCUCAUUACAAUUCAGUAUCUAUUGUGUUUUUUUGUUUUUUUUUUUACUUUUUCUUUUUGCUACUCUAAUGUACUUACAUAUUUGUUUAUGGGGCAACUUUUCUAGUGGAGGAAUGUUUAUUCAGUUAGUCAAAAAGGAAGCAGUGGUGUUAGGAGGCAUGCUGAGCCUUCUACCUCGUUGAUGUUACAUUUUUCUUUUAAUCAUGUUUUUGUAAAAAUUAAGAAAGAAGGCUGCCUCCACUGUGUGUGGUUAUGGGUCUGUCGUAUUUAGCAAUUAAAUGAAUUUAAGCCAGCUAUGGAACCCUUAUACUUCUCUAUACCAAAGUCACUUUUAUAUUUUGCUAUCUUAUCUACUGUAAAGAAAAAAUAAAUAUAUUUGUCAAAAGC